CGAACGCCACUCACAGUGUUACAGCCGGUGACUGCGAGUCCCCUUUGUUGCCGCCUCCUUCGAACUUAGACCGUAACCACAACCCAUCAAUCAAAAUGUGUGACGACGAUGUUGCCGCGUUGGUCGUUGAUAACGGAUCCGGUAUGUGCAAGGCCGGUUUCGCCGGAGAUGACGCUCCCCGCGCCGUCUUCCCAUCCAUCGUUGGUCGCCCACGUCAUCAGGGUGUCAUGGUUGGUAUGGGACAAAAAGACUCCUACGUAGGCGAUGAGGCCCAAAGCAAGAGAGGUAUCCUUACCUUGAAAUACCCAAUUGAACAUGGUAUCAUCACCAACUGGGAUGACAUGGAAAAGAUCUGGCAUCACACCUUCUACAAUGAACUCCGUGUUGCCCCAGAAGAACACCCAAUCCUCCUUACUGAAGCUCCACUCAACCCUAAAGCCAACAGGGAAAAGAUGACCCAAAUCAUGUUUGAAACCUUCAACGCCCCAGCUAUGUAUGUUGCCAUCCAAGCUGUACUCUCCUUGUACGCCUCCGGUCGUACCACUGGUAUCGUCUUGGACUCUGGAGAUGGUGUAUCCCACACCGUACCAAUCUACGAAGGUUACGCCCUUCCCCAUGCCAUCCUUCGUCUUGACUUGGCCGGUCGCGAUUUGACCGACUACUUGAUGAAGAUCCUCACCGAAAGAGGCUACUCAUUCACCACCACGGCUGAACGUGAAAUCGUUAGGGACAUUAAGGAAAAGCUUUGCUAUGUCGCCCUGGACUUCGAACAAGAAAUGGCCACCGCCGCCGCCUCCACCUCUUUGGAAAAAAGCUACGAAUUGCCUGAUGGUCAAGUUAUCACCAUCGGUAACGAAAGAUUCCGUUGCCCAGAAGCCCUCUUCCAACCUUCCUUCUUGGGUAUGGAAUCUUGCGGUAUCCAUGAAACCGUAUACAACUCCAUCAUGAAGUGCGACGUUGAUAUCCGUAAGGACCUCUACGCCAACAACGUACUCUCCGGUGGUACCACCAUGUACCCUGGUAUUGCUGAUCGUAUGCAAAAGGAAAUCACCGCCUUGGCCCCAUCGACCAUCAAGAUCAAGAUCAUCGCUCCCCCAGAAAGGAAAUACUCCGUAUGGAUCGGUGGAUCCAUCUUGGCUUCCCUCUCCACCUUCCAACAGAUGUGGAUCUCCAAACAGGAAUACGACGAAUCCGGCCCAGGCAUUGUCCACCGCAAGUGCUUCUAAGUCGCUUCCCGAUUUAUUUUUACUAUUUUACUUUUACUAUGUACUUAAUUAUUGUAUAACAACGAAACGACACGCGACAAAACAGUUGGACUGCCAGAAAGACUAUAUUUUACCUAAUUAUUCUAUCACAAACUGUUUUCUUUAACUUUUUUUUUGUUAUAUCUACCCUCUGGUAAGCGAAACGUAACUCAUUAUAACUUUUAUGAAAUAAAUAAGAGUCGUUGAUUCACCAACCCAAAAUAAUAAUUAAAGAACUCCAACUAUAUCGUUAUUAAUUACUAUGUAAAUAUAUUACAAAAAAAAGGCAAUAAAUUUUCAAGAAAAAUACAAAAAA